AUGCAGUUCGGAGAGGCCGGGCUUCGUCUUCUUGAAGAUGCCAGGUCAAACAUGCUCAAACCGUACAGGCAUCGCGAGAUAAGGAUGCUGUGCGAUGAAAACACACGGCUAUGCGAGAUGAUGGACGAAUUGAAAAGAAAGGCUGGCAAUGAGGUUUCGGAGGAGCUGUCAGUCAACUACAUUAUGCUGAAGUAUACGAAGGAACGCAACGAGAGAAUUCUGAGGGCAUACUGGUUCCACAGAUCAAUGCAUUUAUUCCAUUGUUUUUUUUCUGGAGAAUGCAAUGCAGGAUUGCUGUCCUCUGAUGAAUUGGAAUACACAAGCAAGUACAACAGCAUUCUUAGAGAGUAUCUGCUUGAUUUUUCGGUGCUUGACUUUACAGAAUCUAUGCCUCCAAUAGACUUUUUUGUUAGCGUCAUUACCUUGGAGGAUUGCGGAGUUGUGAUGGAUGCUGAUGAUGUUCUCGAGCUCAGGAAGGACAGAAUAUACUUUAUCCGCAAAGGCACAGUGGCUCAUUUGAUCAAGAACGGAUUUGUACGCAUAGUUUAG